AUGGUUCAGUGGUACAAAUCUCCCGAGCUUCAGUCGCAUCAUGACCAUGCAGUUGGAACUCAGAACGUCGUAGUCGGCGAGGCUUUGGCCAACUUCCGUCACCCGUAUCCCUUGUUUGAGGAAGGGUUCGAAACCUCGGCCGGAUUGUGCCCGGGCUCUGUGGAAGAAGUACAGGCAAUCCUCAAGGUAGCCAAUCAGCAUCACGUCACCCUGUGGACCUGCUCACAGGGAAAGAACUUUGGAUAUGGUGGGCCUGCACCUCAAGUCUCCGGCUCUAUGGUACUCUCCCUUCAACGGAUGAACCGUAUCCUGAAGGUCAACGAGAAACUGGCCUACAUCGUUGUCGAGCCUGGCGUCACCUUCUUUGAUGUCUACAACUACAUUGCGGAGAACAACCUUGAUCUGUGGGUCUCUGUUCCGGUUCUGGGCUGGGGUAGUGUUGUGGGAAACACCCUAGAUCGUGGCCAUGGUUACACCAUUUCGGCAGAUCGCCAGCACUUCAUCGGCGGCCUGGAGGCGGUGCUGGCUUCGGGGGACAUCCUCCGAACCGGUCAGUGGGCUGUGCCUAACUCCCCCAGCGCGCAUGCUUGCCCCAAUAGCUCCGGCCCUCAGGUUGACGGCCUCUUCCUACAGAGCAACCUGGGCAUCGUUACAAAGAUGGCUGUGGCUCUCGACGCGGCGCCGGCGUCUUUCAUGGACAUCCAGAUUCACUGCCCCUCGAUCGAGGACAUUGCGCCCCUCAUCGACACGCUCCAGCAGCUGGAUCGGGAGGGGAUCAUGCAGAGUCAUAGCUUGAUCACCAACAUCAACCACUUUCCCUCUCACGAUACGCCCAAGCGUGAGCAGCAGAGCAUCCUGGGGCCUCUGAUCCCUGAGACUAUCGCCUCUCUCAAGAAGAAGUACAACAUGGGAUACUGGCGAUCCCUAGUGUCACUAUAUGGGCCCAAGCAGUUGGUGGACGCUCGCUGGAGCAGGAUACAGGAAGCUGUCGCCCAGAAUCUUCCCACCGCCUGGACCCAGCACACGCUCUACGAGGGCCAUUGUGUUCAAAGAUGA